AACCAGAAGAAAAAUAUACAUAAUCGGAUUUUUUUUCCUUCUUAUUCAUCGUUCAAUUCAAUCACUCGCCGAGUUUUCGUCCGGAUGCUCCGAACCGUUGCUGUCCAUCCACGCGCCGCCGACCUUCCGUUCUGAUUCUCGGCUGUUAGGUUCUUCAGAGAGAAGGGAGCCUCACAUAGAAAUCAUUUUAUGGUGCACCGAUGAGCAGAACUGAUGUUAUUGGCAGUAGAAGGAGGAGGAUUCUUCUCUGCUUCGGCUUCAGGGUAUACUAAGGGCCUGAGCCUUCUCCUCUUGGGUCAGAGGGAUGAGGAUAAACCCAUGAGAGUAGCUCCGUGGAACCAGUACCAGUUGGUAGACCAAGAAACUGACCGCGAGCUCCAGCUGGCUUCUACAAAGAAUCGCCUCACCCGCGGCUGUGCCUCCUUUGUUUGCUUUGGUCGCACUUCCGCAGGUCUUGAUACUCCGUCUCCUCUUAAAGUGGGCCCUGCCCAGCAGCAUGAUGUCUCUCCAGGACCUUUGGUUUCCAACAAGGGAAAUGAUCCUUCCGCACCACUCGAUGAUGGAAAUGAUAACAGAAAGCUUACACUUAAAAGUAGCAUAAAGAAGCCGCAAAUUGUUAAACCCGUUCAUGUUGAGGCUGCUAGUGAGCAGGAAGCAGCAGGUGGACAGGGGAUUUGUGCACCUGGUGGUCAAGCAGAAAGAAGGAAAGUGCAGUGGACGGAUAACUGUGGUAGCGAGCUUGUUGAAAUUCGAGAAUUUGAGCCCAGUGAAGUGGAUGGAUCGGAUGAUGAAUUUGAUAGUGGAAACGACAGAACUUGUUCAUGUGCGAUUAUGUAAAUUGGAGUUUCAUUAAGUUGAUAGGUUGAUCGGGGUCAUUCACUGUUAACACAACCCAUCACUCGGUAUGAGGCAAAAGAGGCAAGGUUUCAGUUUCCGUGGAGAUAUGUUCAACCAACACCUUGCCUUAGUGAUGUGUUUGUCAUUGCUCGCUGCGGCUUUAAAUUUUGCUCCUCUGCUCAGCAUCAAUUUGUAUCAUUCUUGUAUGUGUGAAUUCUUUGCCUUUGAUUCAUCAUUUUUAUGCUACUUUAUGUUCUUAUUUUUAUAUGGAUUAACCAAGUUUUCUUUCUA